AUGCUGCAGCAUUUGGCUGGACGACGUGAGCCGGUGAGCGAGACGUGUAGGGACGGUCUCGGUUGCUCCAAGGUCCGCUCGGAUUGAAUUUUAGCGUCUGGAUCUGCUUAAUCUAAUCUUUCUAAUCUAAUCUCUUCAUCUGGCGGGAUCUAAUCUCAAGCACCCAAUAGGGUACAGCCCUUGGCCUUUAGCAGGACAGUCUCAACAAAUAAACCAACCCACACACAACGACUGCCACCCAGCCUGGUGCAGCGAAAGUUCAUCUAUCUUCCUAGCUUUGACGGCUGAAGACGACGACAACCGGAAACCGACCAACGAUACCAAGAACCUCCUUGCCCCACCACCAAAAUGGCCAAACUCAAUGCCGGUAUGUUUGGUUUUUUUCCCCUCAGAAGGGAGUACAGAUUACAAGGAUUACGGUCGAGUUGAAGGUUUGGCUAACCUUCGACGCUGUGAUGGAAAUUAGGCAUCUCCGCGUCCAGGAGAAAGUCUAG